AUGAGCGUUUCAAAGCUUGUGCAAAACGCCAAGGUGUCCGUGAUAGGGGCUGGUAUUUCGGGUCUUUCAUUUUCAUACUUUCUUGGAAAGCUCAGACCCGAUGUUAAAAUUACAAUCUUUGAAAAGCAAACUCGUGUGGGUGGAUACAUUAAUACGGCACAAGCCAAUGAAGAGACUAUCAAGAGAACCAAACUAAAAAGUGGAAGAGCUUUGAAGAUGGAAAAAGGUCCUCGUACUUUAAGAGGAGUGUCUCCAGGAACCCUAAUCAUAGUUGAUCUAUUAGAGAAAAUGGGCCUUUUGAAUGAACUUCGAGGCGUCCAUGUUCACAGUGAGGCUAAUAAGAAAUACUUGAAGAUCGGAGGACACAAUGGAGGUGAAUUACUUGAAGUUCCAGGUCCAGGGUGUUCCAUUUCAACUAUGACUUCGUUUUUCACAAGUCCGUUAGGUCGUAUACUGAUAUUUUCUAUCUUGAGGAAUCUGGCAUUCAAACCAGACGGUAAACAACUUGAUAAAAUGUCAGUUGAGGAAUUUCUAGAUAGACAAUUUGGUAAGGAAUUUUCUAGCAAUAUAUUAAGUGCAUUAAUGUAUGGUAUCUAUGCUGCAGAUGUCUCUGAUUUGAAUGUGAGUUGCGUUUUACCUGCACUGGUCAAUAUGGAAAAAGAAAGUGGUUCAGUUAUUAAAUCAAUGUUCAAACGUCUCAAAUAUCCGAAAAAAACUGGUAUUGACCACGACGUCAAAGAGUAUAUCGAUAAUUUUGGAACAAAACUAAAUUUGGAGAAAAUGGCGGCGUUUCUAAAGAAGUUUCCCAUGUUAGCCUUGACCAAUGGACUGUCGGUAUUAACCGAUGGUUUGAAGGAUAACAUGCCACCAAAUGUUGAGAUUAUAACCGGUUCUGGUGUUCAAAGGAUAAAGGAACAAGACGGUAAAAUGAUUGUUGUGGCCGAUAAAGAAUACCAAUUCGACCAUGUGAGAAGCACAAUUGACGCAACGAGCUUGGGCCAAAUGGUCGAGGACAAGAGUUCAGCAUUAUUGAAUCAAUUUCAGUAUACGUCUGUCAUUGUCACCAACGUUCUCAUUCCACAAGCUGAAGCCAAAAAUGUUAAAGGUUUUGGUUUCCUAGUGCCGAAGGCGCAACUUAACCCGCAAACACGAGUUAUGGGUGUCAUUUUCGAUUCUGAUGUAGAAGAACAUUCUUCACCUCUUUUUCAGGGCUCUAUUCCCAGGCCCUUGCAAGUAGAAGGUGACGGUAAUAUCCAAGAAGCAAUCAACGCUAUUGUGUCAAAACCAAACAUUCUGCCAGAAAAUGAAAAAUUCACCAAGUUGACCUUUAUGUCCAACAUUCCUCGAAGUGGCACGUAUGUGGUGCCUUCUCCAGCCCAUAUGCAUGCCAUCGUUCGCUCUACAUUGGAGGAUCUCUUAGGUAGUCCCUCCAAUCUUGAAUUUGCGAUUGAGAGCGGCAACCUCGAGUCAUCAAUUCCACUCUACGAUCGUCACUAUCCAGAGAGACGGGAACUGACUCUACAAAACAUAGAAAAGACAUACAAGGGCAAACUGUCCUUGGGAGGAUGGAGUUUUGCCCAAGGUGUGGGUGUCCCGGAUAAUGUUGUCACUUCCUUAAAGGCAGCCCUCUCUAUGUUCUAG